UUUCAACUGAUACGAUACCAGACAUACCAGAUACGAUAUUUCAUUUAUACGAUUUCAUUUAUACGACCACAAACUGAUACUUUGAUGAAAAUGUCUUCUGAAUCUGAUUUUAAUUCUGAUUUCAAUGAGAGCGUAGAAAAUGACGUUGCAGGCAAAAGAUUGAAAAAAGCCAAGGCACAAAGGAAGAAAGAGAUUCAGAAACUUAAAAAUUUGCUAGGAAGAACAAUUAAGAAAAAAAAGGAAGAAACUAAAAAGAGAUUAACAGCUUUCAAAGAAGUUUUCAAAGGUGCCAAGGAGAAGGAAACCAGGAACGAGCCAUGGGAUGUUCUAGAGUACCAAAACUACUGGAAUGGUCUAACGGAGAGGGAACAAAAUAACAUGGACAGAGCUAAAUCCCACUUGAUUGAGAGCAUUAAUAGCAAGAUAACCGAAGCAGCAACAAAGUACAAUGCUUCAAUGCUCCUUUUGGCCAGACUUCCUAAUGGAACACAGCACACCAAAUUUAUUUUGGCAAGCGGAGGUGGUAUUGACUACUGCAAAGAGGAAGAUGGUACGCUCACUCAACAUUUAUGGGAACGUCACUGGGACAAGGUUCAAGGAAAAAGGAUCAAACUUUGUCAAAAAGAGGAAGUGUGGCUCUCAAGAAAAAGUAAAAAGAACAAAAUAGGAAAUAUGAGAAAGGGAAAAACGGACAAAGUUUUGAAUAAAAAGAACCCUACAAGUGACACAGAAGAAGACUGUAAUCUAGGAGAGGAUGGCGGGCGAUCAGACGAAAGCGAUGUUGAUAAAAAAAACAAGAGGAAGAAGGAAAAAAAAAGGUUGUCUCGAGAAAGAAAAGGAAAGGGAAAGAAAAAAGGUGAAAUAAAAGGGACAGGAAAUGGAGAGGCAAGAGUGGAAGACUUCUUAGAACAGCGUCCAGGAUCCCCUCCUGCUCGUUCUCCGUCAAUGUCUCCUACCCCAUCCAAUCAUCCCUUUCCUCUCAUGGCCACACCUACUUCAUCAUCACCUCCAGUGACGACAAAUUUUCAGCUUGUCCUUUCAGAUGACAACGAAUCAUCUGGGUAUUUUACAUUGAAACCUGCAUCACCAUCCAUUGACAAAAAAUUGUCAAUGGAAUGUCAAGUGAUUGUUGAAAAAUUGCCACCAUGCCUUGCCACAGGCAAAGGUACAAGAACCGGAACAAAAACUGAUAAAUUGCCACCAUCAUCCACAGGCAAAGGUAGAAGAACCGGAACAAAAACUGAAAAAUUGCCACCAUCAUCCAGAGGCAAAGGUAGAAGAACCGGAACAAAAACUGAAGACAAAGCUAGUUCUCAAAUUUCUCCUAUAACAAAAAAGAACAAACUUAAAACUUCUGACGUGUAUUCUAGCAGCGAUUAAGGAAUACAGCUGAACAAAUGAAAAUGAUUCUAGUCGUAUUCAAUUUUAUUUCACAUAAAAAUA